AUGAGCUAUGUCGACGACUCUCGUGCGCGCCCUCGACGACGCGAUCGCGACCGAGACAGAGAUAGAGACCGACCGCCGUAUCCCGACAUGGACAACGACUACCCACAAGAUGCACGCGGACGGCCGCCCCCGGCUGGCGAUCCCAACCUGCCGCCGCCGCCACCAAUAGGCGAGCUGAGACCCUCACUGAAAAGAGAAGGCAGCCGCAGCAGACUCUCGCCCGACACACGACCUCAGUUCCCAGACGAAGCAUCAUUCCUCGGCGGUCGCGCACCAGACCUCGAGGCUAAGAACCGCCCGCGCGACCAGAAGUUCAGGGACAUGCGAGACGGCUACGAAAGCGACGAGGGCGAGACACACCGCAAGAUGCUUGGAGGUGACGGCAGAAGGCCUCGCAGGGGCGGUGGAGGAGGAGGCGGAGGUGGAAGCGACACCGCACGACCAAGGCGAGGAGAGCGAGACCGAGACGCAUAUCCUCCGCCAGACUUCGAUGAGCCUCCACGACGCAAGAAGCGCGAUCCAUACUAUGACGAGCGCGGCACAGAUGUCGAUUAUCCUCCACCACGACGGGGAGGUGCAAGACCGCCACCACCAGGCGUCGAAUACGGCAACGAGCCUAUUCCUGCACGCCGUCGAAGCGAGAGACGUCCUGACAGGCGUGGUGGAUAUGAUGAUUAUGACGACGAAGACGACUACAGGCCUAGGCGUAGACGUAGCAUGGAAGACCAUCGCAGACCACCGCCUCGACGGGAUGAUGACUACUUCUCCGAGGACUAUCCACCACGCAGACGAAGAGACAGAAGUCGCCGGCGGUACGACGAUGACUAUGACGAUGAUUACGAGAGAAAUGAUCGACGCCACAGAGACCAGCGCGGAGGUCGAGACGGCCCACCGCGAGAAAUGAAGAUUGGCAAGUACAACGUUGGUCCCAUGAUCGACAAGGGCCAGAAGCACUGGAGCACAGUUGCACCUAUCGUUACGCCUAUAGUGAUCCAGAUGGCAAGGAAGUACCUUGGUGGAGGUGGAAGCAAGCGUUGA